AUGGCAGCAAAAGAGGCAUUCAACGCCUCAACAACCGAGGAUGUCGCCCUCGAACACAUGGGCUACCAACAAGAAUUCAAGCGCUCAUUCGGACUAUUAGACAUGGUUGGAUUCAGCUUCAGCAUCGUAACAUGCUGGACAGCUCUAAGCGGAGUAUUCAUCAUCGGCGUCGGAGCAGGCGGUCCACCAGUGAUGAUCUUCGGCUGGAUAGGAGUCUGCAUAUUCACCAUCUUUAUCGCACUAGCCAUGGCUGAGAUGUGUUCGCGCUGGCCGGUGGCUGGUGGUCAAUACUCGUGGGUUGCGAUGCUAGCACCGCCGCGAGUAUCAAGGCAAUUGUCUUAUAUCACCGGCUGGUUUAUGCUGAUUGGAAUCCUAGCAAUGGGUGCAGUAAACAACUCAGUCGGUUCAAACUACAUCCUAGGUCAAGCAAAUUUAAUCUUCCCAGACUUCGUCAUCGAAAGAUGGCACGCAGUGCUAGUCGCCUGGGCCAUAGGCUUAUUCGCGUUGGCAGUGAAUAUCUUUGCGCCGCACGCUUUGCAUCGUCUCUCACGGAUAAUCCUCCUAUGGAACAUCGCCUCGUUCAUAAUCGUGAUCAUAACCCUGCUAGCAACGAACAAGCAAAAGCAACCCGCAAGCUUCGUCUUCCACGAUUUCCGAAAUAUGACCGGUUUAGGCACGGCGAUGGCGACCAUAGUCGGCAUCCUGCAAUCCUUCUUUGGGAUGUGCUGCUACGACGCACCGAGUCAUAUGACAGAAGAGAUGACGCAUGCCAGUCGCGAUGCGCCUAGGGCAAUUAUCCUCUCUGUGAUCAUGGGCGCCGUGACGGGGUUUGUGUUCCUGCUUACGCUUUGCUUUUGUAUGGGUGAUAUUGGGAGCACGGCUGGAUCGAGUACUGGUGUUCCUGUUAUUCAGAUCUUUUAUGAUUCUACGCGGAGUACAGUUGGGACUUGUUUUUUGGCGACUUUGAUUACUGUGAUUGUUAUUGUUGCUUCUGUUAGUCUUGUUGCUGAGGGGUCACGGUCUGUUUAUGCUUUUGCUAGGGAUCAUGGAUUGCCGUUCUCGGGGUUGUGGGCGAGGGUUGAGCCUAGGAGAAAGAUUCCCCUUUAUUCUAUUGUUCUUACGUUGGUUGUGCAGCUUGCUUUGAAUGCUAUUUAUUUUGGGACGGUGACGGGGUUUGAUACGAUUGUUUCCUUGGCUACGACGGGAUUCUAUGUUUCGUACGGGCUUGCCCUGUUUUCCCGGCUAUUGGGCUAUUUCUUCGGCUAUCGAACCUCCUCUUUCGAGGGAUCAUUUUCCCUACCUCUUUCAUUAUCCCUCAGCUUCAAUGCCAUCGGCUUAGUAUUCCUGUUGUUUGCAUCUAUUACAUUCAACUUCCCGUCUGGGGCGCCGGUCACCUCGGAUUCGAUGAACUAUACCAGUGCCGCGAUCGGACUGGUGACAGUCCUGAGCUUCAUAACCUGGUUCACUACCGCAAGGAAGCGCUUCACUGGGCCAUCGGACGUUAUGAACCUCGUUGUGGACGGUGUAGAAGGUCCAUCGACGUUGGGGGCUGAGAACACUGGCUCAAAGAAGAGUACAGAAAGUAAAUAA